CGUGAGAGUGGGGCCGUGUGCAGACCCGCGUGUGGCGCAGCCAAGCCCCGGAGAUAAACAGCCGCCGCCGCCGCCGCCGCCUGGCGAGAGCCGCCGUCCCCGGGGUUGCGUCCGAGCCUUCUCCGCCGCAGCCGCCGAGCUAACUGCAGCCAUGAGCAGCAACGAGUGCUUCAAGUGUGGAAGAUCCGGCCACUGGGCCCGGGAGUGCCCCACCGGCGGUGGCCGCGGCCGGGGCAUGCGGAGCCGCGGCAGAGGUGGUUUUACCUCGGAUAGAGGUUUCCAGUUUGUGUCCUCCUCUCUCCCUGACAUCUGCUACCGCUGUGGCGAGUCCGGUCACCUGGCCAAGGAUUGCGACCUUCAGGAGGAUGAAGCCUGCUAUAACUGCGGCAGAGGCGGCCACAUCGCCAAGGACUGCAAGGAGCCCAAGCGGGAGCGGGAGCAGUGCUGCUACAACUGCGGCAAGCCCGGCCACCUGGCCCGCGACUGCGACCACGCCGACGAGCAGAAGUGCUACUCCUGCGGCGAGUUCGGCCACAUCCAGAAAGAUUGCACCAAAGUCAAGUGCUACAGGUGUGGCGAGACCGGUCACGUAGCCAUCAACUGCAGCAAGACGAGCGAAGUGAACUGCUACCGCUGCGGGGAGUCGGGGCACCUGGCGCGGGAGUGCACGAUCGAGGCCACCGCCUAACUCGGUCCCUCUGUCGCCCCUCCUUUUUCUGAUUGAUGGUUGUAUUAUUUUCUCUGAAUCCUCUUCACUGGCCAGAGGUGGGCAGGUAGAGGCGACUUCCCAGGCCAGUGAGCUUUUUACUUGCCGUGUGUAAAAAGGAGAUAAAGGGGUGGAACAAAAAAAAAAAAAAAAAAAAAAAAAACCAAAAAAAAAAAACCGACUUUCUGCAUUUAACUACAAAAAAAAAAAAGUUUAUGUUUAGUUUGGUAGAGGUGUUACGUAUAAUGCUUUGUUAAAAAGAACCCCUUUUCCGUGCUACUGGUGAAUUAGGGAAUUGGAGAGUGGGUAAAGAGGCGAGUCAGACCUCACUUGCCACGGUGAAGCCCGUGUCCUUCGUUUUCUCGACCAUCCUGUUCCCAGCGUUAGGAGGUUGAAAACCGGCUCUGGAAGCUUCCCUGAGCUUCCAGUGACGACUUUGAUAGCUUUGAACGUUAGCACAUUGGAGGUGAUGAUGAUGAUGAUGAUGAUGAUGGCCUUGGGAUCGUCCGACCUCAGUAGCUAAAAAAAAAAAAGCAAACAAAUAACAUCGAAUAACAUCUGUCCAUAUCAGGCCCUACGUAGAACGUUUAACAGUUGAGUUGGGAGUAGACAAAGGUUUAAAAAAAGAGACAAAAAAAAAAAA